GGAAAUCGUUUCGGUGACCUACAGGAAGUGGUUUCUGCGGAGGAUUGUCCCGGCCGGAGUGGUGUCGUGCCUGAGCAGCUGCCUCGCGGAUUUCUGCGGCUGGGAAGCGAUCCUGUUUAAAAGCUCCAAAGGCAUUUGUUAGGAAGAGAUGGAUGGAGAAGAGAAAACAUAUGGUGGGUGUGAAGGCCCUGAUGCUAUGUACGUGAAGUUGAUAUCUUCUGAUGGCCAUGAAUUCAUUGUUAAACGAGAGCAUGCACUCACAUCAGGAACAAUAAAGGCAAUGUUGAGUGGCCCAGGGCAGUUUGCUGAAAAUGAAACAAACGAAGUGAAUUUCAGAGAGAUUCCUUCUCACGUCCUAUCUAAAGUAUGCAUGUAUUUCACCUAUAAGGUUCGCUACACUAACAGUUCCACAGAGAUUCCUGAAUUUCCAAUUGCACCUGAGAUUGCACUGGAACUGCUGAUGGCUGCAAAUUUCUUAGAUUGUUAAAUAGAAUAAAUUAUAAUAAAAAUGUAAACCAACCCCCUUCCCCUCCAGUAUUUAAUACAUAUGUUUAGUUAGCAACUUUUUCGUAUAGCAUGUUUUAUAUGUUUGGCCAAGAACUGUACUCACCACCGUGGAGGAUAUUUCUCACAGUGGUUUUGCAUAGGAAUCAUUCAUGCUCAAGAUUUUGUUUUGCUGCUUACACAAGUACGGACUUCUUACCAAUUGAUAAAUAAACAUGCCGAGUUAUGCAUGA